AUGGCUAUGGAGCUGCUGAACAUCGUGUUGCUGCUAGUGCCAGCAGUGAUGGCACAGACAGACACGCGGAUCAUCGGGGGCUACCCCUGUGAGAGACCCCAGCCCUGGCAGGCCGCGAUCUUCGAUUCAUACCGGCUGUACUGCGGAGGGGUGCUCAUCAGCAAGGACUGGGUGCUGACGGCUGCUCACUGCCAACUGCCUGGCUCCACCAAUGUACGGCUGGGCGAGUACAACCUGCGGAAGCUGGAUGAGACUGAGCAGCUCCGGAUGGCUGCUAAGCUCAUUCCCCACCCCAACUACAACAGCGCCACCAAGGACAACGACAUCAUGCUCAUCAAACUCAUCACCCCCGUGCAGACGAAUGACAACGUGCAGCCCAUUGAACUGGCCAGCAGUGCUGCCCCACCAGGGAGUGUCUGCCAGGUGUCCGGAUGGGGCACCACCACCUCCCCGCAACCAUCAUUCCCGGCCAUGCUGCAAUGCGCCAACCUCAGGAUCAUCUCAGCGGCGGAAUGUCGAAGAGAGUAUUCCAACUUGGUCACUGACAACAUGCUGUGCGCCGGUGUGCCACAAGGAGGCAUCGAUUCUUGCCAGGGUGACUCCGGAGGUCCUCUGAUAUGCGAUGGGAUCCUCCAAGGCAUUGUGUCGUGGGGGUUGGAGGAGUGCGCCCAGCCUAACAAACCGGGUGUCUACACCAAGGUCAGCAAAUACAUCAAGUGGAUCCAGCAAACUGUACGGGGCGGGUGA